AAAGAUAAAGAAAGGAAUCGCAUUAUUUAAUUGAUCUUUUCCUAGUAGGUUCGAGGACCAGGUUUGUCCGGCGACGAUCUCCCGCUCACCGCCCCGUCCGAUGUCGUCGGCUUUAUUCUCCUCUUUGCAUUGACUGUUAUUCUCUUUCCUAUAUCUCGCAUUCUCUUCGCCUCUAAGCCCUAAAUCGAAAUUCAUUGGUCCAUUGAGCUCGAUUCAUAUGCAUACACCCACGUUCAUAUCUGGAUCAUCUUCCACGUAAUGUCUUAUUGUCUUCUUUAUUCUUCAAAUAUCACCAGGAUCGUCACGCAAUAAUCCUCGAGAUUCAUCAGCACAGUAGAAAUGUGGCUAGCUAGGAAUUAGAGGGAAAAUGAAUGUUGUCUGAAAUUAUUAUAAAAAGGUGCCAUUGUUGGUCCUGAGCAUUUUAUUUAAUGGAACUCUAAUUUUACCUGUCAACUGCUGCUGGAUUGAGCUCACCUAAUGGUUUUGUUGUACCUAUUGAGAUAUGGUAUUCAGGCACUAUAACUUGUGUUCUGAAUUUUGUGGUACAAUUUGGAAUCAAAGCUUUCCAUAAUGCAAAGACUGUCGAUUGAUAGUAUAGAGGAUAAUUCAGAAACCAAACCCAUCUUACUUCAUUCUAAAGUAAUAGAGGGAUCUGAAGAAUUAUCUUCACUUUCAAUAGAAAUUACUGAAAGCGGGGAUUGUUCCACAAGUGCUGGAGAUUGUUCAAGUAUUGAAGUUGAUGGAAGCCAAUUGCUAUUACACUCUGAGCAACCACUAUGCCGCAUAUGCCUUGAUACUGAAGGUGAAGACUUGAUUGCUCCUUGCCGUUGUAAGGGAACCCAGAAAUAUGUCCACAGGUCUUGUCUUGAUAAUUGGAGAUCAACUAAGGAGGGCUUUGCUUUUGCUAACUGUACAGAAUGCAGGGCAAAGUUUAUACUACGGGCAAAUGUACCACCUGACCGCUGGUGGUUGAGAUUAAAAUUUCAGUUUCUUGUAGCGAGAGACCAUGCAUUCCUUUAUGUCAUUGUUCAGCUGAUUGUAGCAAUUUUAGCAGUUAUUGUGUACAAAUUUUAUGGAGAUGCUUUGAGGGAAAUGUUUGGCUAUGAAGAACAUCCUUAUGCUUUUUAUACUACGGCAGUCUUGGCAAUAUUGUUUGUGGGCUUACUUUAUGGUUUCUUCAUAGCAAUAAUUUGUGGGCAGAGGAUUACUGAACGUCACUACCAUGUUCUUGCCAAACAAGAACUCACAAAGGAGUAUGUGGUAGAAGAUCGAGAAGCACUAAAUAAGGAUGUCUAUGAACUUGAUCCUAUCCAUGUUUCAGAGCUUAAGAUGUUGGGCCUAUAUUGAGGGGGGUUUGCCUUCUACAUCAUACCUAAACAGAGAAUAGUAAACUGUAAACUAGUCAUUUAAAUUGAGAUUUGUAUCCAUAAGAUCUCAAAGUCCAAGCAAUACAAGCUUUGAUUGAAUAUACCAAUUGUAGUCUGUAUGAAACUAUAUUUAUUGCUUUAAGGAAUAGAAUACAAGCACAUAAAAGAAGCCCUAGUGGCUCACCCUAA